AUGGCACCAAUCCCUAUAACCAUCGUGACGGGCUUCCUCGGCUCCGGCAAAACCACUCUCCUCCUCAACCUCAUCCCCCAACUGCCGAAAGACUACAAACUCGCCCUCCUAAAAAACGAAUUUGGUGACGUAGCAGUCGACUCCCAACUCGCAACCACACAAUCCAUCUCCGGUGUCCGCGAGCUAUUAAACGGCUGCAUAUGUUGCAAUUUGGUCGGCCAACUUAGCGACGCGCUGUCGCAGCUUCGUCAUGAAGUGUCUCCAGACCGCAUUGUGAUCGAGACCAGCGGGAGCGCGUUCCCGGCUACAUUGGCUAUGGAGAUAAAUCGGUUGGCGAGAGAAGAGGAGGGAAGCUUUGUACUGGAUGGUGUUAUAAGUGUGAUUGAUGUGGAGAAUUGGGAAGGAUAUGAGGAUACCAGUUACACGGCCAAGAUCCAGGCGCGGUAUACAGAUUUGGUCAUUUUUAAUAAGUGGGAAUGUGUUCCUGAGGAGAGGUUUGAAAUUUGCUUGGACCGUUUGGGAGAUUUGGAGAUUGAAACUCCGUGGGUUAAGUCGAAUAAAGGACGCGUGGGGAAAGAUGUCUUGUUAGGUAUCGAUGGGGCAUUGUUUGCGAAGGAAGGGACUAGUCAGGUCGAGGGCCAUGACGAUCAUCAGCAUGGCAACGAACAUGCUCAUGAUCACCAGUCGGAAGUUGAGGUGUUGUCUGUGUCAUUGAAAUCUGCUGAGUCCACGAAAUCUAUUGAUGUUGAGGCGUUGGAGAAGCUUCUUGCCUCUGCGCCCAGGGAAGAGGUUUACCGUAUCAAGGGUAUCUUGAGAUGCUCUUUACAAACACCCCUUGGCGAAUCAUCAGAGGAUUUGAAUUCAUCUAGACAGCCUGCCCAAGACUUUGGAGUUCGGCACUAUAUUCUCAACUGGGCCUUUGGUCGGUGGACUUGCACACCAUCAACAACGGUGUCAGAAGCUGCGGAUGGUGAUGAUGCAAUUGCUCGCCUGACUUUCAUUCUAGCACGCUAUGAGUCUGCUAAGUGGAAGAAGAAGCUCGAUGCCGGUGGUUUGAUUCAAGCUGCUGAAGCUGCGGAGAGUGAUUUGGUGGUGACAAAGCUGGCGUGA